AUGGACGAAGAAACUCAACCUGAAGUUAGACCUGAAGUUAAGGUUGAAGUGAAGUGUGAAGUUCCGUUUUUGGUGGCCGAUUACGAAUCAGAUGCUUCUUGUGAAGAUGAAUCAGCUUUACCAAAUACUUCUACGUCUUUUGCUGGAGCGUCUGUUCCGUUUUCUGAAUCUUCUAAUAUGAUUUGUGAACUAUCUACAGCACCUUGUAAUAAUACUGUUGUAAAAGAAGAGCUGGAAGAUGAUGUUGCUGUAGCUCAACCUGAACCUCAUGUAGACGAAUCGUCUGCUAUUGGAUCUGCAUCAGCUGGACCAGAAAAAAGCGUUGCAAAUGAAGAAGUUUCAAUGCUUGUUGAUGUCUGUUUAAGUCAAGUAAAAGAAGAACCACUAGACGAUGUUGUUGUAGAUCAACCUGAAUCUUCUGUGGCUGAAGCUUCCGUUGAUGUACAAGAAACUGUGGUGAAUCACGAGGUUUUAAUGGUUCUUGAUAGUGUUUUAAGAGAAGUGAAAGAAGAACCAGAAAUUAUCAUUGAACAACAACAUCCCAAGUUUGAGCAAGGACAAGUUACAGUAGAUGAUGAAUUCUUGACAAUUGAUGAUCUGGAAGAGGAAGUUGUGGUAAGGUUUUUGCAUCAUUUUUUUUGUUUUUAGGUUACAUAUCUAGAUUUCAACGAGGUUUCGAUUACUUUUACUCAUUGUGGAUAGUAUGCUUUACAUGUAUUUUUAGUUUAUGCAUAAUAACAUACAUAAAAGCAUAAUUUAUGUUAUAUCUGUAUUUUUUAUUACAAACUUACAAUUAAAAUGAUUUUUUUAGGUCCCGCGUAGCAGAUUGAACAAUUCCGAGUCAGAUUCAGAAAGUGACGUCUUCUUUGAGGUUGUGUCACGCUGCAGAAGUAAUUAUGAUCCAGAUGAUCCGAACUAUCAACGUCCAACCUUCGAAAGGACUUUCGAUGAUGAAUAUUACUUUUUACCGCAGUUAGAGGCUUUGAAUCUUGAAGACAAACCAACAGAAAAAGAUUUGAGGCCAUUUGGUGUUGUUCAUACUGUUAUCGACUUUGUUGGUGAGUUAUUUAGUUUAGUUUUUGUUUCCUAGGUAUAGAAGUUGUUUAAAUUUAUACUAUAAAGAGAUGAUAUUUGGAUUAAGUUUUAUUUAAAAGUAGAGAAAAAGUUGUCGUUUAGCUGAAGAAGCUCAAGGAUAAUAUAAUUUCAGUGACCAUAAAGCCUUUGCCCCAGAUCCCAGCCAUGGAUUACGACUCGGUCUUGUUCACAAAUUCGGCCGAGCCAAUCGGAGAGAUUUUUGAAAUUUUUGGUCAAAUUACGGAGCCAAUGUACGCCGUCAGAUUCAACACAGAUUCAGAAGCCGAAAAGUAUCCGAUUGGGACAGAAGUGUUUUACGCUCCUAACUACCUCAGAUAUACGAAAACUUUCUUUCCACACGAUUUGGCCAAGAUCAUGUACCACGACGAUAACGACGAUUCUGAAUUUGAGUUCAGUGACGAUGACGAAGAACGGAAUCAUAAUCAAAAACAACGUGCCAAAGGUCGGUCAAAGCCUAACUUUGGACUUCCUGGACAGAAAAAGCCAAGACAAGUUCACUUUGGUCAUCAAAUGUGA